AUGACUUUCAAUUUGCAAGACGAUUUUAUAUGCCACCUGUUAUCAUCUCACAAAGGAUCAGCAAUGAGUUCGGCACAUGGUACCUUAACUAAUGUGGAGGUGAGAAACAAAAAUGGAAAAUACGAGUGCCAGUUUUGUCAUGAACUAUUUGAAGAAAGGAUUUGCUACAGUAGCCAUCUUGUGAUCCACAUAGAAAACAAUAUGAAGAAAGUUGAAGGUUCUGCUGGAGAGCAAAACAUCAUUCAGCCAUUAAAUUCCGCUCGCAACAACGAAAUAGGACCCGGUAUUCGCUGCAGUGAAUCUAAUGAAAAUCCUCUGGUUCAAACAUUUACUGAUGACAAUCAUGAAUGCAAUUUAUUGUCUCAUGAUGAACAGGAUAAGGUUAAUAGCAAUGAAAGAGUGUUAGGUGAGAAAAAUUGUGAUAAACAAAGUAAAUUCUAUUCUGCAGCUGAUAAUAAAGGAGAUGUCAAUGCUGCUGCUGCUGAUCUUAAUGUUUCUUUGGGUUCUGAAAAUGUCUUGUUUACUGCUGACAAAGAAGGGAUUUCCCAACCUUCAUGUAAAAUAGAUGUUGGAUUUCCCAUUCCAGUGGAGGAGAAGAAGAGAGAGUGUGCUUCAGGCACCAGUUUCCUUCCUCCAAAUUCUAAGGGAAAUAUGUUUACUGAAGAAAAUAUUGAGGAUAGACAUUUUCCUAGCUUUUUGAAAGGGAUGGAAGCUGAUUUGAAGGAUAAAGCUACAAGGGAUGAUCGAAAAACUGGUUGUGCUGAUACUAGCAUAAGGUUGGAUUCCAAGCAGGAAAAUUAUAGUGAAGGUUAUCCACUCAUUUCUUCCGGCAACAAAAAAAGAGUCAAUUUCGUAGAUCAUUUGAAAGGGGCUUCUGUGACAAUAGAUUCUGCUCAUGAAAGAGGUUCUGGAUGUGGUUUAACUUCGUCCAAAGAAGACCAAACAUGUGUCAUCAACAAUAAUUCGAUUCUAGUCUCUGGUACAUUAGAUGAUCCGGCAUCUAUUAUGGUCAAUGAGUCUGCAAAUAUUGGCCCUACUGUUUCUUUCCAAAGCCGUAUCCCUUCAAAGAAACCCUCACAAGAUAAAAGUGAAACUGUCUUGCUUGCUUCACAUGGAAGGGAGCAAAUAUUUCCUUUUGACAAUAAUGCAUUUAAGGUCUUUAGCCGGACAGUAGAGAUGUCCGAACUUGAUGAAGGCCAAAAUUCUAGAGGAUUAAUUCAAGGCAGCAUGCAGGGAAGUUGUUCCCCUCAUUUUUCUGGAAGUAGGGAGAAAAUUGCAGGUAAAAAUAAUGUACCUGGUAUUAGCAGUGGUGCUGUUCAUGAACCAAAGCAAAAUAAAGAUCCUUUUGGGAAUUUCUUUGGCCUAUCGAGUGGUGAACAAACACAUGUUGCAAAUAAUUUGAACAUGGUUCAUGCAGGCACAGCUCAUAAUGGGUCUAGGUUACUGGGUUUUAAAAAUGCAAGGACUAAUGAAAUAAUGAUCGGCUAUUCCAAUCAUGCCCGGCCUAUUGAGGAUUCCAUGACUGGGCUCACAUGGAAAAGUAAUGAAGGAAAUGUUCUGCUGAGUGGUUUGGCUGAUACCUCAACUCAGCUGUUGCCAUCAUCUGGUUAUUACCCUGCAUAUGACUGGAUGUCACAUAAGGGUGAAAGUGAAAUGUUUGACAUUAGUGGAAAGUGCAGCAGUGCAUCAGCUUUUGAUGGUCUGCAAUCAGAUAGCAUAGAACAUAUGGAAUAUAAUUUUCUGACUGCUCAAUCAAGUUCUUGUUCAGGAAAUUCCAAGGGUGGAAGUGAAAUGUUCAACACUAGAGGGAAGUGCAGCAAUGAACCAGGUUUUGGAGGGCUGCGAUCUGAAAACUUAGAACAUAUGGAAUAUAGUUUUAUGACUGCUCAACCGAGUCCUCGUUCAGUAAACUCCAAGGUACCAUCAUACAAUUCAGAGAUGGCAUUAAAGUUUGAUUCCUGUGUUUAGCAUGGAAAGGAUGUUUUGCCACCGUUGCCUAAAAUAGCUGGCAGACAUCAGGUUACCUUGUGUCCUUGGUGUGGAAAUGAGUUUUAUAACGAGGCUGUUGACAUC